UGGUGACAGGCGUUGUAUUUUUAUGGACGAGGAAGAUAUUCCGCUGUCAGUGAAAAUAAUGACAUGUGCGUCAGUGCAGGUUGGUCAUAUAAAAUGGACUUAGGUUAUUUUUCAUACUUUUCAGCCACAGCAUUCAUUUGAUGCUAGAAUAUUAUAUACACACUGUAGUACAAUAACUGCCUGUUAUAACUAUUAGUAUGUAUAGUAUUUCUUCAAGACAAAGAAAUAAUUAAAGGUGAAAACCAACGAAAAGUGAAAACGUAUAAUUGGAACGUAGCAGACUUGUGAAAUGAAGUAACAGGAUUCGAUUAGUAAUAUACCAACUUAAUUAGUUUCGGAGUGGUGUGUGGUCAUGUCUGUUAAAUUCGUCCAUUCCUGAGAGCUAGCCUGCAAGUUUCAGAGAAUGUUUCUGUGAAUGUGGAAAAAGUUUUUAAUAUGAGUUGCAUUUUUAUGAAGCAGUGAAAGUUAAGUGCCCUUUUUGGAGGUGUAGUACCGAUUUACCUAGUGAAGAUAACCCAUAUUCCUCUAAAACCAUGUUCUUGGUUAUGUGAGCAGAUAUUUUUAUUUUAUUUAUCCGUCAGAAAUUAGGCCUAUAUAGGCUAUAAAACAUUUUAACAAGUGGGGUAUGAUUAAGUGACGACAGGACAUGAAGUCGUCCGUAACCUAAUCUAGGAACCCUCCCAGCAUUCACCAUAGCAACUCGGAGCAAAACAUGGGAAAACUGAAUCAAGAUGGCCUGACAGGGACCUAAAACUCCAGUCCUGAAUGCAACCCUAGUACAUUUAGAUUGGUGUAGACACUUUGUGUGGUAUGCAAAUGGAAGGGAAAUCACAAGUUCAAAGCCUACAUUGUAUCUGAAGGAGAUGGAAUGCCAUCAGAAGUAUGUUACAAUUGCAUGCACCAACUGGAAAGCUCAUACAGAUUCAGACAGAAGUGUGAAGAAGCAGAUACUAAGCUUAGGAAACUACUGAGAGCUGCCAAAGAUGCGGAAACAAAUCAACAAGAAUUUCAUGAAACUGACUUCGUCAGUGUCAAGAGCAACCUUUUUAACCUUCAAAUUACGGCAACAGAAACAACAGAAAAAUCGACCACAUUAUUUGUCUGCAGCUCUCCAAAUCACAGUAAUUCUGAGUUGAUUUCUUCGGAUAUAUUUCCUGUUAAUAAAAGCCUCUGUCCAACAUUGUCAGAUUCCACAACAAUAGAUUGUAAAUCAAGUUCUAACCCAGUCUGUGAUUUGAGUGAUUUGCUUAUUCCAAAUGUACAUAAAUCAUUGUGUAAUUCAUCACAGGUAGAUACUACUACAUCAGAAUGCGAAUUAGAAGCUGGUGAAAAUCAACAAUCCGAUGACAGUUUGAAGGAAAUGGAAAAUUUGUCUUGUAGCGAAGUUCAUCCUGUUGUGGCAAGCACAGGUGAUAUCCAUUCUCAGGUAAAGAGUGAAAAAAAUACUCAAAAUUCAUUACAACUACCUGAAAAUUGUCAAAAUUCAAAUCCUUCAUAUUCAGGAAAUCAGCCAUUCAUAUUUUCUUCAACACUGAAAAAUGAAGAAAUUACAGCAGAACAUUUGGACGGCAGUAAAGCACAUCUUGACAUGAAGGAUUUGGGAAAUGUGAACUGUGGUUCAUCUGGAGUGGUUCAGUGCAGGACUGUUUCUGAUUACAAACUGAUUUUCAAAUGUGAUAAAUGUCCCAAGAGGUUCAGCAAGAGACUAGACUUGAAACGACACACUUCUGUUCACAAUCAGCAAAGAGGAUUUGUCUGUGGAAUAUGUGAAAAAUGGUGCCCUAAUCAAACAAAUUUCAAGCGACAUGAGAGAACACAUACUGGUGAACGGCCAUUUUCCUGUAAAUACUGUUCAAAGAGUUUUUCACAGACUGCUAUACUUAACCGGCAUAUGAUGAUUCAUACUGGUGAAAAACCAUUCCAGUGCAACGCAUGUGGAAAGAAAUUUACUCAAAAAGAAAGUCUUAAAGUACAUUCAAGGCAACAUUUGUCUGGUAAUGAUAUCACGACCUUUCAGUACAAAUGUCCAUUUUGUGAAAAAUCUUUCCGCCACCAGUCUGGCCUUUCAAGACAUUUGAUGUCUCACACAGGAAAAACAUUUAGUUGUAACCUUUGUCCAAAAACAUUUACAGACCAAUCAUCUUUGAAAAGACACCUUAAACGACAUUUUGAAAUAAAAUCUUGAUGAAGCUUAAAGACUGUUAUUUCAGUAGCAAAUUUAGUGCUUAGUAGUAUCCUGUUGAUUAAUCUGAGCAAGUAAUUUGACUCUGUGAGCCAUCAAAUUAUAGUAGAUAAAUUAUGAAGCUAGGGCAUUCGAGAUUUAGAACUCUGUCAAUAGAAAGCAGAAGGCAUAUUUUAAUAAUAAGAGCUCCGGAGGUUUGUUUCAAGGUUCUGUGCUUGUACCCCUAUUGUUUAUAAUUUAUGAGAGUGACCUGUCUAGUAUGCCAUGCAAAUCUGUUCUCACACUGACAAUGUCGCAUCCCUUGCAACUGGAAAUUGUAUAGAGGGCCUAAAGGAACAAGCAAAACAAGUCUCAGAAUUUCCAGUAUCUUGUUUAAAGAUAGUGAAUUAGCAGUAAAUCAGAAUAAAACUGAAAACAGUUUCUUUAAUUUAUGUAAUUCUAACACUGAUUGUAUGUCUCUUAAGCUGCAUGGUGUAUAUUUAGAUUCUAAAUUAACAUGGAACCACCAGACAAUAUCUACAUGUAUUAAAUUUUUCAAGAGGCAUCUCCUUGUUAUGGUACUUUGUGAUUAAAAAUGCAAUGCUUAGUUCCUCUUAUGAACUCUUUCAAAGCACAAAACAUGCUGCAUUCUUUUGUAGUUGGUCAGCUAGUUACAUGUUCCAUAGAUCAUUUUAACAAUUCUUUUAUCGAAAUGAUGUGGGAUGAGUCAGAUUCCAGAAUGUGCGUACAUGAUUAGUGUUAACAUAAAUGAACACAUUUUUUUAGUCCUUCAUGCCAUCACCCUUAGAAACUUGUUUUUACAGGCUACUGGUUUUUAAAUAGAAAUUUGUCCAUGGACCAGGAGGAGUUGUCCAGGAGAAAUGAUUUUAAGUUAGAUUUAAAACUUGCUUUGCUACCUGUCAGACAUUUUAUGGUAUAGCUUUGAUAUAUGCAACUUGUCAAAUGUGUCAAAUCAUAAACCAUGAUUACAAUUUGCUGUAACAGGCCUUCCUUUUCUCUGAGGCUUCCAAGGCACUGUGCAGUCCUGAAGCACAAGCGACCAUCCACAGCAGGUAGAGAGAUGCAAUCACCACGAAGCCUUGCCUUUUCUAACUGGCACUACGUUUUCAGUUGCCAUGAACAUCUUUCAUGGACCUAAGAGGAUAAAGGUGGAACAUUCUAACGACAUGGAUCCCCCUCACUUUCAUGAAGGACGUUAGGUAACAGAACUU